GGGUGUGUUUGUGCCAGCAGCCCGAAAUCCAGAGGUGUGUGUGUGUAUGUGUGUGUCUUUGCACAUGCGUGUCCCAUCCAUCGCUUUUGACGGUACCGGACGGACAGACGACGUGUAUCAGCUUAGCCCUUGCUAGCUUGAAGGGGUAACAAGACCUGCCAGGAUGUUCGGUGCCAAGCUGUUGGUCGGGGUGUUGAUGGUCUGCCUGCCCGCAGCAUGGUUGGCACGAGCCAGCAGCUGCCAAGGCCCCACACUCAUCCCUGGGACCCCCGGUAUGCCAGGAGCUCCGGGGCCCAACGGCCAGGAUGGCGUUGACGGGAACAAAGGAGAACGAGGUCCACCUGGAAGAGUCGAAGAUUACCGAGACGCCGGCGAACCGGGUGAACCCGGCAUGCCAGGUUUCCCAGGGAAAUUUGGUCCCAGGGGACCCACGGGUGCCAAAGGUCCUCCCGGGCCUCUUGGUGCCCCAGGCCUGAAAGGCGAAUCCGGGGACGCCAAAGCCUCUCACCGAUCCGCCUUCUCGGCUACGCGGGGGGCCACCUUUGUCCCCCGUCGGUCUCAGCCGGUUCGCUUCGACCGAGUCAUCACCAACGUGGGCAACCACUACAACAACCGCUACGGCCAGUUCACCUGCCAGAUCCCGGGGAUCUACUACUUCUCCUACCACGCCACCUCUCGCGGCAACCUGUGCCUGCACCUGAAGAAGGGCCGAGGCAGCGCCAGCGCGGAGAACAUGGUGACCUUCUGCGACUACGUUGUGAACACCUUUCAAGUGACGACUGGCGGGGUGGUCCUCCGAGUGGCCCAGGGGGAGAUGGUGUGGCUGGAGCCCACGGAGAAGAACUCGCUGCUGGGGGGCAUCGAAGGCGCCGACAGCAUUUUCUCCGGGUUCCUGCUCUUCCCCGAAGCGAACGUCUGAACGACGUUUACCUCCGUCUCCGACGCGGACCCCCCCCCUCUCCCCGAAAGUUUGACGCUGGUGGCUUACGAGU